CGCAUUCAAGAACUUUCCGUAAAGCUUAAAAACCUCUCUCCCUCCCCCUCUCCCUAAUUCUGCAACUGUAGAAAACCCCUACUCCAUGAGACCCUCCGGCGGAGCUCCCUUCUUUUCAUCCUCUUCUACCACCUCCACCUGCGGUUGCCAAAAUGACCCAACCACCCACCGGCCAGACCCCCGCAUCACCGAAAUCCCCACUGAGUCGUCGAUGAAACAGUCCACCAACCGCUCCCACGCAGUCUGCGCCCUCGUCAUGGAAGUCACCGCCGUCGAAUCGGAAGCCGCGCGGCUGGAGCGCCUCCUCCAUCGGCAGGAGACCGUAGACGCCCUACUCGGCGACGACCGCGAGAAGCUGAGGAUGAACGAGUCCUUAAUGGCGCUGCUCCUGCGGCUGGACACGGUGCCUGGCGUCGAUCCGGCGGUGCGGGAGAUGCGGCGGUCCGUGAGCCGUCGGAUCGUGGGGUUGCAGGAGAUCGUGGACGCCAUCUGCGACGCGAAAGGGUUCCAUUGGAACGGGAUUUUGAGUGAGCGGGGCCGGGAUGUGGCGCAUAGUGAAGAUUGUGCUUGCAAGGGGAGGUUUCGUGCUGGGAAUUUAGGGUUCCGGUGAGACGUGAAAUGAUCGUCUGGUGGUAUUGUUGUCAUCCAAAGGCGGCAGAAGGAGCAUUUCAAUUUCUAGGAGGGAUAUGAUUUGAAAUUUUAGAUAAAAGAAGAAGAUAGAUUAUGGAGGUGGAGGAAAUGAAACUCCCACAACUGUUCCCCCAAAAAAAUAAAAAAACGAAAACGAAAUUGGAAAAAUGCAAAUUGUUUCUCAUCCCAAAUUAUUAAAUUUGUUGUUUUUUCUGU